GUUACUGAUUAGAAGGUUCUGAACCCACUUCUAUCAUUCGUUCAGUUAUGAUUAGAAAAAGAGCACUUAUAUCGGACACUUUCAAAGUCAAGAAACGAAGAAUUGGGAAUGCGACGUUUGGAGCUGUCAUUAAUGAAGAUGAUGGACCUCUUGACGUCAGAGCCUCAUUGCAGUACCUAAUGACUCUCUUCCCUCGGAAGCUCUUCAAUGACAGCCUGCCUCAAAUUGUCCUCAAACACCAACUCUACAGCAUGCACAAUGACAAGACUUUGGUGGACCGACAGUUGAGUGAAUUGAGGGAACAGGGGGAGCUUCUGAUGUUCCAGCUAGGCUUUGACUCGGAUGCAUUUGGACUGGUGUUCAGGACAGACUACAAGGCCAAGGUCUUGACAGGCGAGGAGGGAAGAGUGACCCAAGGGACAGUGGAAAAGUUUCUAGAGAAAGUUUUGCCCGCCUGCUCAGACCUUAGCUUCAACAAAGACAAGAUGCUGAAGGAGUUUCUUUUCACAGAUUCAGAGAUAACGCAACUAGUGAAGUCAGGGGUUUUGACUGUGAGAGAUGCAGGCAGCUGGUGGCUCUCCAUUCCAAACUCCGGAAGAUUUACCAAGUACUUAAUACAGGUAUACCCACAACUUCAGGAAAGCUCUUACGAUUUAUUGAUGCCUGAAAAUCCGUACUUUUGCAUCAUGGCCACCAAUAACACAACUGAACAACUGCACUUCAGAUACGAAGUGGGCAUCGCGUAUUGUACUCCUAGUGGGCUGUGGUUUGUUUAUAUUUAUUGCCAUAUUUGUAUUGUUUAAUUUGCCCGUUGUAAAAUAUUAUGGGUUUAUAAAAUGUAAUUGUGAAAUAAGACUUUUCUUUCUUUUUGAAGUGAUGGAUUUAGUCAAUAAAAAAAACAAUCAGUUUUAUUAAAAUUUAUUGGCUUCCUCAAAAAAAGUGACAAUAGCGUUAUCCAUAAAACUAAAAGGUCACAUUGGCUUGAAGUGGAAGUACAGCCCGAUGCCUGAAUACAACAGUUAACCUCAUUUACUUUUAACCCUCGUCUAACAGUUCAACUAUGUAAAUAUGCAAAAAUAUAUCAAUGUAGCAAUCCUACUUUAAUCUGUUGCAUGCUAAAAGCAUUAAUUACAAAGAUAUCUAGACUUGAAGUGAGAUUAAGGUAGUGUUAAUCAUUUAUAGGAGGUAUUGAACAGUAAUAUUCUAAGUGUUAGUUUUAAAAUACAGUGAGUGAUGUGUAACUUCUGAGAAUAAUGAAGCAAAUAGCUAAUUCACAUGGUUAUAACCAAGGAUGAUUAUAGAUUUCAUUUUUGAGAGUAGCUUUGUAACCAUUUAGAACUUGUGAUAUAGGUGCCUUCCUUCCUGAAGUUUGUUAUGCAGUAGAGAUGCUAAUGCAAAUUGUACAUA